AUGGACGAGAAGCUUGUCCAAUACCGGACAACGCAAGUUCUCGUGCCAUUCUUAAAGCUGUUGCGCGAGGAGGAAGGACGAUGCAAGGAUGCGCUCCUCGUACUCGACUCGUACCGCGGCCAAACGAUGAAGCUCUUCAAACUCACGCGCGCGGUGAUCCCUACCAGUUGCACCUCACUGAUGCAGUUGCUAGACGUUUCGGUGAACCGCAGCUUCAAAGUUGGGAUGCGCCACCGCUACUCUACGUGGUUCGGGGACGAGGGGAUUGGAUACACCACCCUUGUAGAAUUGGCCCCCACCCAUCGUGAUCCUACAAGGAAUCUGAAGAAACCACUAGCGGAGAAGGUCCUCCGCUGGAUUGUGAGUCCUGGACCGACGGCAGAUGCGCCAUUCGACAUCUCCACCGCCGUUGACGGGAACGGUGAAGAUGCCCUGGCGAUGGAAGCUGAAGAGGAGGGGAAGACGGAGGAGGACUCCAUGGAGGAUGAGGACUACGAGGAGGACAAUGAGGAGAGUGAAGAGUCGUCGGGCAAUGAGAGGGAGAGUGAGGAGGAGGACGACGGUGAAGCAGAGGAGGUGGGAGGUGGACAGGGAUGGGACGAUGAUGAGGACUCGUGGAAGGGAGGGCGAUAUGUUGGGGAGGAGGUAGUGGAAUGGGUUGCUGGACAUGGUGAUAAUUAG